GUCAUCGUUACUUUGCUUUGGCGCGUGUUGGCAGCAAAUUUGAAAAGCUGCGGACAGAAACCGUUUACAGACUGGGGGAGGGAGAGCAGGCUAUUUUACCGAAGAGGUCAGAAGUUGUUCCUAAAGGUACUUCCGCAAAUACAGAGAUGUCGUGGGACUUUUUUGUGCCGGUGUGCGUGGGAGACCUGGUUAAAACGGGAGGUAUUAAUCAGUACGUGGUUCAAGAUGUGGUUCCAGCAAAACAGCUGCCAUCCCACCUCGGCAAAUUCAAGACAGCACUACGGAGCCAAGGGCCAUCAUGUAUAUUGGAACAUUUUGACACCGGCUACAGCGUGCUGCAGCAUUUCAAUUCCUUGGAGCUUGGGGCAAAGGAGGAUACCUUGGAGUUGCUUAUUCAAGUGGUUAAUGGCCUGGCUGCUUCCCUGCCAGCAGUUCUUGCCUCUACGUCCAUCUCAGGUGCAGAGCGCAAGGAGAAACUGAAUGCAGUAAAAAUGAGCGUCUUCCUGCUUUGUAAACUCACUGAGAGCCUUGAAAGCGUCUCCUACAGACAGAAUAUCAUCACUGCAACUGGAAAGGGUAGUAAAAAAGGUAAGGGUAGUGAAGGACUGCUGCAGUGGGAUUCAGAGAGAGAGAGGGUGCUGCAGGCUCUUGUUCAGCUCCUUCAGCUGAAUAUCCGUUCUCUGUGGAGCCUCUCCCUGGUGGAGGAGGAGUUCAUCAGCUGCGUGACCUGUUGCUGCUACAAGUUACUGGAGAACCCAACCAUCAGUCAUGUCAAGAACAAACCCACGAGAGAUUGUAUAAUUCACCUUCUCGGGGUACUGAUCACCAAGUACAACCACCUUUUAGGUGCAAGUGUGAAAGUUAUCCAGAUGUUGCAACACUUUGAGCAGUUGUCUUCUGUAUUUGCACAAGCUGUUUUUGUGUGGAGCACAGAGUAUGGAGUCAGAGCAAUUAUUGGAGAAGUGAUAAGGGAAAUUGGUCAGAGGUCAAGUGAAGAGCUUGCCCGAGAGGGUUCAGGUGUCAAAGCUUUUGCAUCUUUUCUCUCAGAGCUCAGUGGCCUGGUACCUGAAUUGAUGAUCCCCAACAUUAGUGUCCUCAUCACCCACCUGGAAGGAGAGAGCCACACAAUGCGUGUUGCAGUGUGUGAGGUGCUGGGAGAGAUCCUUGUGAGAGUCCUUUGUGGGGAUGGGCUGGAUGAGUCCGGCAGAGCUGACCGCAACCGAUUCUUUGACAUAUUGCAGGAACAUCUCCAUGACACGCACUCCCAUGUCAGAGCCCGCGUGCUUCAAGUCUACACGCGAAUUGUCAACAGUAAAGCACUUCCUCUAUGUAGGUACAGUGAGGUGAUGGAGCUCGCUGUUAUGCGGUUGAUGGACAAAUCUAUUAAUGCCGUAAAGAGCGCCAUCCAGCUGUUGGCAGCUUUCAUUGCACACAAUCCCUACAGCUGCAAGCUGAGCAGCGCAGAUCUGAAGAAACCUUUGGAAAAAGAAACGGCAAAACUCAGAGAAAUGAAAGAGAAGCUGGAGGGACAAGCACCUGUCACAGUGAUCCAGGCGUCUGAGCUGUGGGCUGCCAUGGAGCCCGAGCUCCUUGUUACUGUCAGGACAACCCUGGAGCCCACCAGUGAAGCAGAGAACGAGCAGGAAGAGGACAAAGAAGAUGGGGAUGUGAAGGAGGAAAAAUCUGAAGAUGAUGACAGAGCAACUGCAGUGAAGAUAGCUCAGUACCUCCGCGUAAACAAAUACAGGAGCGCUGUUAAGCUUUGCAUAAAAGCUUGUGGUUGGUUCCCCGAAUCAGAGAUGUUUGCCUCUUUGACCACACUCACCCCUGAGAAUUUAAUGGAUACACUGGGUUUGAUUUUCAAAGGCUCUGAUAAAGACGCUGCAGACGUCAGCCAGAAUUUGCCAACAACCCCACAAGAAGAGGGAGCUAAAGAGGGGGAGGAGGGGGAGCUGAAGAAGCAGGAGAUGUUGGUGCAGUACCUGAGAGAUACAGAAACAUUUUCCUUGCAAGUGGAAAGAGCGAUAUCUGUCAUCAACAACAUGCUGUACUGGAAAACAACUUCAGUCGUCCAAGAGGCAGUGCAGUUUUGUGUGACCGUGCACGAGUUCAGUGUUGCCAACUCUGUCAUUGGAGUGAGGAAGAUGUUGCCUCUGGUGUGGUCGACGGAUGCUGCCAUUAAAGAUGCUGUGGUUCAGGCCUACAGGCGCCUGUAUCUGAACCCACAGGGAGACACAACUAGGAUGAAAGCGCAGACUCUCAUCGACAGUCUCUCUGAGCUGAUGGUGGAUGCGUCUCUGGGUACUAUCCAGUGUCUAGAGGAAAUUGUUCAAGAGUUCUUCGGAAGUGGCAGCAGUCUCCAGUCCACAGUAAUUCAGGUGUUAUGGGAGAGAUUUACUGGUAAACGAGAAAGCUCUGUCCAACACAAGCGAGCUGCAGUGUUACUGCUGGGCAUGGCAGCACGGGCAGAAAGAGAAGUGGUGCUCAGUAACUUGGACACUCUUUGUUCUGUUGCUCUGGGAGAAAAAGUGACGGAGGACUUUCUUCUUGCAAGAGACACAGUGAUCACCAUUUGCAAUAUCACUGAUCAUGUCAGGCAAUCAAAAGGAGCUCCGUUCAGACUCCCCCAGGACCACCAGCUGUUUACCUGCCUUACACAGGCUGUUGCUGAGGGUGUGGUGAUGGAAGACCUUUACUGGCAGAGCUUCAUGGAACAGGCCGUCCGUCUCAUCUACUUCCUGGCCGAGUCCCCAGACCAGCUGUGCUCCCGUCUGCUGCAGCGAAGCGCUCGACUCUUACUUGAUCAGGUUGCUGAAGGUGGCGAAGUCAACAAGGAUGUUGGCCAAAUACAAAAUGAAUCUCAAGACUCCAGUGACCAAGAGGAACAAGUGAACUCUGUGUGUCUGGCCCAGCUGUUGGCUCUGUGUGGAUGCGUAGCUUUUUGGCAGGUGUCUCAUCUUGAGCGCAGUGUGAGCGCUGAGCUGCGGAGGAGGAGAGGAGAGACAGAAGAGAGGGAGGAGAAGGAGAAAGGACCAGGCAGUAAAGCUAAGGAGGUGGCCAAUGAAAGUACCAUGGAAGAGGAGCUCGGGUUGAUUGGUGCCUCCGCUGAAGACACUGAAGCAGAACUCAUCAGAAAAAUCUGUGAAACAGAAUUACUGGCUGAGGAGAACCUGCUGAGUGCGUUCCUUCCUCUGCUGGUGAAAAUCUGCAGUUCCCCAGGGCGCUAUUCCCACCCUCAGCUCACCACUGCUGCCUGUUUGGCGCUGUCUCAGUACAUGAUGAUAAGCCCAUCUGUGUGUGAAGACAACAUCCGCCUCUUGUUUACGGUGCUGGAGCGCUCUACUCUCGCCGUCGUAAGAGCCAACACCAUUAUAGCACUGGGGGACCUCACAGUCCGUUUUCCAAAUAUUUUGGAGCCCUGGACGCAGAAUCUUUAUGCACGGUUGAGCGAUGAGGUCUCAUCUGUGAGGCAGACAGCUGUGACAGUUCUUACUCAGUUGGUACUUAAGGAUGUGCUAAAGGUCAAAGGCCAAGUCAGUGAGGUCGCUGUGCUGCUAAUUGACCCGGAGCCGCACAUAACCAGCCUGGCCCUGAACUUCUUCAAUGAGCUCGCCACUAAGGAUAAUGCAAUCUACAACCUGCUGCCAGACAUCAUCAGUCGCCUGUCAGAUCCAGAGAGAGGAAUGAGCUCAGAGGACUUCAACACCGUCAUGAAGCAGCUGUUCUCCUACAUCACUAAAGAGAGGCAAACUGAGUCUUUGGUGGAGAAACUGUGUCAGCGCUUCAGGACUGCAAAAACGGAGCGUCAGUGGUGCGACUUGGCCAUGUCCCUGUCUCUGCUCUCGAUGUGCGAGCGUGGCUUUAAGAGGCUGCAGGAAUGUUGGGAGUGUUACAGCGACAAGCUUACCGAACCCGGGGUCUACCAGCCCCUGCUAUCCAUCACAGCCAAGCUUCGUCGUGGGGCCAAACCUCAGUUCAAGGCCCAGGUAGAUGACUUUGAGAAGCGGCUGACAGCGGUUCACACCCGGGGCUUGGAGAACGUAGAAAGCCCUGAGAUGGAUGAGAACCAGAGGAACGAAGGAUCUACUGAGAAGACCAGCACCUGUACACCUCUGCCCACCAGAGGCCGUCAGAAAUCACGGAGAGGUCAAACAAAGUCUUCAGUUUCCAGCCAUGGUGAUGACAGUUUUGUGACUCCGCAAAAAUCCCGCAAGUCUAAAAAACCUGUGAUCACCUUCAGCAGCGACGAAGAGGAAGAUGAAGAAGAUGCUGUGAUGACGGAGAACGAGACCCCCAAAGUGACAACUCCCAUCUCCCGAACGUCCCGGCGAGCUCGCCUCAGAAACUGAUUUCCUGUUUUGUCUUUCUACAGUCCUUUUAAUCUUUUACAAUCAGCUGUUUUUAUUUAAUCUCUUUUGUAUAUUUGUUUUACCUAUUUUACUGCUUUUCACUAAACAUUUGUAUUCUGAAGAUACAUCUAAUGAUGGAUAACAAAAUCCUUUUUAAUAAACCUGGUCUUGAUUUAA